AUGGUACAGCUGUGCUGUGAACCCAGCCUGGCACUGGAGAAACUUGCAGUGCUGGAUGCUAGCCUGAUGCAGGAUUCAAGCUCUAGUGCUAACCAAGAUCAGUGGCCAUCAGCAUCAAUGACACUGACACGAGAGUCUUUGGGAAUCACGGAGGAGAUCAGCAAUGCAGACCAGCCAGAUGAUUCUUCAUUUAAGCCCCCUGAGGAAAGCCAGAUACCAGAAAUUGUGCCAUCGAAUACUGGCUGUGUGACAGCCCUUUCCUUGGGAAUGGAGAAGGAAGACAAUAUCCCACGAGCCUUUCUCAAUAAUGAAGCUGAAGUUUUAUCAGGUCACAGGGAUUCUGCAGUGACCAUGUCACCAGAUAGUUUGGAGUCUGCCUGUUUGGAGCAGUCCAGGGAAGAAGACAUGUCUGAAUCAAUUGCCAGUACUGUACCUGUGUGUCAGGAGGAGGACACCCAGCCAAAAGGAAAUGAGUCCCAAGGAGUUGAGCAGACUCCUGUGGAAAACCAUGGAGGAUCACUGGAAAAGUCACCUUUGGUUAUGGGGGACUCUAGGUCUGAUCUCUUAUCACUACCUUUCCAAGGAGCAGAAGUUUUACUAGACAACGUGGUACCACUUCCAGGCGAGGAUCACUUUUCAUCUGAAGCUGACGCCGUUGUUGUUGAGAUGACCAAAGGUGCAGUCCUAGUGGUGCAGGUACAUGAGAGCUUCACAAAUUAUGACAAUGCAACAGGUCUGCCGCUGAUACAGAUGUGGAACUUGAUGAGGUGCGUGAUGUCAGUGAGCAGAACUCUGGUAGAAAGAGGAUUUGCUCAGUGGCUUGACUACUAG